GCUAAUUAAAAAUGAAUAAAUAAAAAUAAAGAAAUUUUAUUGUUUAUGAAAACAGCACAAAACUGUAUAUUAAUAGUUGAGUGCAGCAGUAUUUUUAGACACCGUACACAGCUUUACCUGAAUGUAUUCUUCACAUUUCAUUACAGUUUCAUUUGUUUAAGACUCAUUAAUUGUUUUUUCUUUUCUUUGUUAGUUUUUCUCAAACAUGUCUUUAUAAAGGUCCCUUUCUUGUGCAGAGAAUGGCCUUUUAUUGUCUCAGGUGUGUAGGUGGAGUGAUGUGGGAUCAGGUGUUGGAUGGCUCUUUAAAAGCAUGUGUUAGUCUCAGUAGUUCAGUAACAGUAACAGUACAUUCACUGGAGCGUCACACCUGCAAAUGGAGUGGCUUCAAGUUUUUGGGGUCCUGGGAUGUUUACUACUCUGCAGUGGAACUCUAACCUCACCAAGCCCAGCACAGAAUCCCUCCUAUCUCAUAUCUGUCUCAGAAGUCCUGCGCUGUGGCGUUCCGACCACUUUAUCAGUCACCGUUCUGGCAGAGUAUCCCAUCAAAGUCACGGUUGAACUCAUCCAUGGACACAGCAGUGUGGCCCAAACAGAGAGCACUGUCCCAGCAGGCUCUACCAGACUGCUGGCUCUUCCGCCUGUCUUUUCUGAUGCCAUGAGUUACGUGCAUCCAUAUCAGCUGAAUGUCAAGGGGUUUGUUGGAGCUAAUCAAGUGUUUUCUAACUCCACCACAAUGGUCUUCAGCUCCAAGUGCAUGUCCAUCUUUAUCCAGACGGACAAGAACAACUACCAACCAGGGCAGACGGUGAAAUUUCGAGUUGUAUCGGUUACACCUGAAGGAAAGCCAUCCAAGGGUCAGAUCGAUAUCUUCAUCAGGGAUCCCAAGGGGAAUAUGAUUCGCCAGUGGCUGUCUGUCGAUGGCUUUCUAGGGGUUGUUUCGAAAGAGCUGAACCUCUCUCAGAACCCGCCGCUCGGCCCGUGGAAAAUUGUAGCUGGAAGCAAUGAUGUUGUACAAGAGAGAGAGUUCACUGUGGACUACUAUGCGCUGCCUAAAUUCGAGGUGAACGUGGACGUCCCCUCCGUCCUGCAUUAUGAAGACACACUGUCCGGGACGGUCACAGCCAAAUACUUUUAUGGGAAGCCUGUCCGUGGGAUGAUGUCUGUCACAUAUUUCCACUUUUUCAAUGGGCUUAAUAAGCAUUACCAACUCAAAGAAACAAUCGACGGUUCUGCUGCUAUCACGUUUGAUGUGCCGUACUCCAAACGGUUAGGUGACCACACAUACUCAUAUUAUGAUGGAUAUGGGCCCAGUGAAUACGUGGACAUUAGUGUGAAUGUCACAGAUGUUACAGGGUUAACCUACAACAGCAGCGCACGGGUUUCUAUUGUGAUGAAUAAAUACACCCUGGAGUUUCUGCAGCGUCCACAGAUCAUAAAACCCUCCAUGACCUUCACUGCUCAGCUGAAGUUAAGCACCUAUGACAGCCGGCCACUGACAGCUGAAGAGCAGAGAAGAAGUGUGCAGCUGGAGGUGACCCAGAGCGAGUCCAGCCCCUGGACGUGGACGUGGAACAACAAUGAAUCCAUGGCACCUCGCAUGCUGAACAACACACCAACAUUCACCUUCUCUUCCAUUUCCGAUAUUCCAGUCGAAGAUAUGAAUCUUCCUGUUACUGCUGAUGGCGUGAUGUCUUUCCAGAUUCACCUCUCUGACAGCAUUGCCACACUCGAUAUACAGGCUCGGUUUAAAGAUGCAGUCCAGGGUCUUCAGCUCUACAGGAGUUAUUCUUCACCAAGCAGUUCCUACAUACAGCUUCACAGAGACAGUGAGCCUCAGGUUGGACAGCCGCUGUAUUUGACUUUGGAGAACAAUUUUAAUCUGGCAGAAUUUCACUACCUUGUGAUGUCCCGCGGUCGGGUGUUGGAUGCUGGGACGGUACAUUCAUCCUCCUUCAGUCUGAACACGGAUCACUCUUGGACCCCAGAGGCUUGUGUGGUGGUGUACCACACGCUUCCAGACGGAGAGAUCGUGAAUGAUGCGCUGCAAGUUACUUUCACACAAGUCCUGCAAAACACAGUAUCUGUGAGCUGGAGUCAGGAUCACGCCGAACCAGCAGAUUCUGUCUCUCUCUCCGUGUCUUUAUCCGAGGCCGGAUCUCUGCUGGGAAUUCUGGUGGUGGACAAAGCAGCAUUAGACUCCAGCAAAGACAAUGGCAUCACAGAGAAGACGGUGCUGGAGGAAUUUCUGUCAUAUAGCAGAGAGAUGAGCCAUACGGAUUACAGCAGCAUGAAAAUGGGAGAUCCGUAUUCCAUAUUCACGAUGUGCGGCGUCACGGUUCUGACUGAUGCCACGCUGAAUCAGGAAAUUGAUCAGUUUAUACCUGCAUUCCGGACGGAAGACUAUCUGAAUCAGCUGAACAGCGAGGCUCUUCAGGAACCAAGAAAGCGAAAAGAUUUUCCUGAAACCUGGAUCUGGCUGGAUGCUAAUGUGAGUAAUUCUGUCUCGGAUUCCUUCCAGUUCACAGUGCCGGACAGCUUGACCUCUUGGGUGGCCUUUGCCAUCGUGAUGUCAGAGAAUCUGGGUUUGGGCAUCAGCGCUCCUGCAGAGCUGACUGUGUUCCGAGAUUUCUUUGUGUUACUGAAUCUCCCGGCAUUCCUGAUCCGUGGAGAACUGCUACUGCUGGAAGUCAAUUUAUUCAACUAUAUGGAUGUAGAUUUGGAGGUGAUGGUGGUGGUUGCAGAAAGUUCGAUGUUUGAGUUUGUGUCACCAGACAAUGGAGGAUUUUCUUUGGACAACGUGAGGAAAGCCUCAGUGUUGAGUAACAACAUCACAACACUUCUGUUCCCCAUCAGAGCCACAGCGCUGGGAGAGAUUCCCAUCUCUGUCAAAGCCACGUCCAUCUACUCUUCAGACUGGGUCUACAAGACGGUUCUUGUCAAGCCAGAGGGACUGGAGCAGUCGUUCACUCAAACCUUGUUUCUGGAGUUUCAACUGAAGCAGAAAACGCUGUCCAGGACAAUGUCGUUUAGUUUUCCUCCAAAUGUGGUUCCUGACAGUCAAAGGGCCAGUGUGUCUGCUGUGGGUGACAUUCUUGGCCCGUCCAUUAACAAUCUAGACUCUCUCAUUGAGAUGCCUUAUGGUUGUGGUGAGCAGAACAUGAUCCAUUUUGCUCCGAAUAUUUAUGUUCUCCAGUACAUGAGAAGCACGAAGCAGAGCGAUGAACAGACCAGAAACAAAGCUUUGAGCUACAUGAUGGAUGCUUAUGAACGUGAGCUUUCUUACCAAAGGGUUGAUGGCUCCUUCAGUGCUUUUGGAGACAGUGAUGAUUCUGGCAGCACAUGGCUGUCAGCGUUCGUGCUCAGGUGUUUCCUCCAGGCUCAGGACUUCAUUUCCAUUGAGCCGAUGGUGAUGAAUAGGACAGCAUAUUGGCUGCUGGUUCAUCAGAACGCUGACGGUUCGUUCAACGAGCCGGGUCGGGUCAUCCACACAGAGCUCCAGGGAGGACAGGAUGGGCCGGUGUCUCUCACAGCGUAUGUCCUCAUAGCGCUUCUGGAGGACGCUGAAUACAGGAAUGCAUAUGAAGGCAGCAUCUCUUCUGGCGUGAGUUAUCUGACGUCUCGACUGGCUCAGGGAAUCUCCAGUAACUACAGUCUGUCUGUAGUCACCUAUGCUCUGUCUCUGGCCAACAGCACCGCCGCUCCAUCUGCCCUCACAGAGCUGUUGAACAGAGCUCUAGUUGUUGAUGGAGUGCCAACCUGGAGAUCUCCAGCCAAUGUCCUGUAUGGUUCCUGGCAGCCAAGUUCAUCAGAUAUUGAGAUGUCGGCUUACGUACUGCUCGCCAUGCACAGACUCCAGCUAAUGGAUGAAGGAUUCACUCUGGUGAAGUGGCUCAGUAAGCAAAGAAACCAUCUAGGGGGAUACGGAUCCACUCAGGAUACAGUGAUGGCGUUGCAUGCGCUGUCGAUCUACGCCACCUACAGCAGCGCAGAGUCCAUAGAUCUCAGCAUCACUGUGAACCGUGCCUCCGGUGCUGCCGCCACAUUCAACAUAGACAGAGACAAUUACCUGCUCCAACAGAGCCAAGACCUGCCCAUUGAAGCAGUAAAGGAGGUUGAUAUUGAGGUGGUGGCAGAGGGUAAAGGCUUUGCUCUUUUUCAGCUUAGUGUGUUCUACAACGUGAUGAACCUGAGAACAUCGCUCAGACGGCGGGACAUUCACACGGACGAGGCCUUUUAUUUGUAUAUAGAUGUAAUGGAUGAUCGGCAGUUCAGUGUAAACCUUAACAUAUGUUUCAGGCUGAGGGAGAACCAGGGCCUGAGACAGACGGGGAUGGCCAUACUGGACGUGGGUUUACUCUCGGGGUUCAGUUUGGCCCAGAACGGUGUCCAGCUAAAUGAUAUAGUCAGACGAGUAGAGACACCAUCAGGACGAGUUAUACUUUAUUUAGACACAGUGACCACAGAGGAAAGCUGUAGUAAAAUAUCCACCAUCCGGGAAUUUAAGGUGACCAGUGUCCAAGAUGCUGUGGUCAUGAUUUACGAUUACUAUGAGCCCCGACGGAGGACAGUCCGGUCCUACACAUCUGAGACAAGACGGGACAUGUCAGUGUGCUCACUAUGUGGGCCGGAUUGCACUCAGUGUGAGGAUCAAGACAUCUGGAUGACUGACCGGACGAUGUCUGUUAACCAACAUCCACUUCUAACUCUAAGUUUGACCACAGCUCUCAUCAUCCUUCUGUCAAUCUACAACUAGUGUUUUUUUUUCCCCUAAAUCAAAACCAUUGUAAUCAGUUACACAAUACAACAAGCAAAAUAUAUGUGUAAAUUGUUGAAAAAAUGGUUCUGUAAAUUCUGUGUAAAUUUUAUGUAUGAUAAUCGGUGCAUUUAGUUCAGUGCAACAAUUAAUGAUUCCAUUUCAUUCAUGACAGUUCAAUUAAAAAUAAACGAUUAAAUCAAAUUCAUUAUUAAAUUAUUGAUUAAUAUCACAAUUAUUUUAAUUAAUUAAUUAAUGAUUGAAUAAAAUAUGCUUUUAUUUUUUGAGUUUUUUUUAUUUUUUUAAUUAAUAUAGUAAAUGAGGGUCAGGAUCAAAACUGAUAAAUGAACUUUUUAAAUGUGAACACUGUGAUUCUGCAUUCCGUCAACAUUAUAAUAAUCCACUGCAUAAAGCUGUUAUCUACCGCAAUUACACAUUUUCUAGUAGUAAACAUGUUUGUGUCUUUUUGGAUCUCAUAAGCUGCAACUUCUUUAAUAAGUUUAAACAUUAUUUGUUCUUUAGACAUUCCCCUUUAAAAACGAUAAGUAUAAGCUGUAUGCAAGGUGAUUUUUGAUCAUUGAAAAUUGGUCAAAUUUAAGAGUUUGCACAUGGAGCCACAUUGUCUCUGGCACUGAACCAUAUAGGGCCUUAAAAAUUAAGAUUAAAAAUAAAUCCAGAAUUUACAAGAUUAUCAUUGAUUUGUUUUGAGUAACAGAUAUGCAAUUUGGAAAAAUAAUAUUUUGGGUAAUUUUGUUCUUAUGAUAGUGUUUUGAUAGAGGGAAACAAGAUUCUACUUCAACAUUAUUUGAUUUUCAAACAUUCUUUAAUUACAUGAUUUAAUUUCAUCACAAUCAUAUUGUUCAUAAUCCAUCCAAGCGUCAUUAUCUGAAUAAAUGUAUAUCCAUUUAGUAAGAAAUUGUAACUGAUUUACCAUAUAGUACAUUAAAAAGUUUGGAUUGUCUAAGCCCCCUGUAAUUUUUUUUUUUAAUUAAUUUAAUUUUUUUAUUUUUUUUUUGCAAAAUAGACUAUUUCUAACUUUCAGAUAUAACUGAGUUCAGUAAUUGGAACCAUUUAGAAGAAUCCUGAAAUGGAAUCAUUCAGUGCUUUAAGUGGCCCAAAAGAGGUGCCGGUACUCUAUUAUAGGCAAAAAAAAUUAUAUAUAUUUUCUGUUUUGUUUUUUUUGAUGACUCCUCUCAUCCUCUGAGGUAACAACGACUAUAUUGAAGGGGUUUUAUAUACAGCAACAGGCCACCUUAAUAAUAAAUCAUUUUAUUAGUUUGUGGAUUUGCUUGAGCUAGAAAGAACUACUGAACAUAAAUAAAAUGUGCAAAAGGAUUUAAAAAAAAAUACCCUUAGAAAGAGCUACUGCAUUCAAACUGACUCAAAUGAUUCCUACGAACUCCCGAACUGAUUCAAAUGAUUCGCGAUCCCGCGCUCCGAACUCCCGAAAUGAUUAAAAGGAUUCGUGAUCCCCAAACUGACUCAAAUGAUGUGCGAACCCGUUACGAACUCUCGAAUUGAUUCAAAUGAUCCGCGAAGCCGCUCCGAACUCCCGAACUGAUUCAAAUGAUUUGCGAUCCCCAAAUUGACUCAAUGAUUCGCGAACCCGCUACGAACUCCCAAACUGACUCAAGUGAUUCGCGAACCCGCUACGAACUCCCGAACUGACUCAAAUGAUUCGCGAUCCCGCUCCGAACUCCCAAACUGACUCAAGUGAUUCGCGAACCCGCUACGAACUCCCGAACUGACUCAAAUGAUUCGCGAUCCCGCUCCGAACUCCCAAACUGACUCAAGUGAUUCGCGAACCCGCUACGAACUCCCGAACUGACUCAAAUGAUUCGCGAACCUGCUCCGAACUCCGGAACUGGUUAAAAUGAUUCACGCUCCAUACUCCAAACUAGGAAGAAUAAGGAAGCAUGCAUUGUGAAGGGCGCUCUGAAAAUCGGCAGUGCAGGUAAAAGAUUAAAACCUCUAUUAAAGCAGAUGUCCAAAUGAACAUACUGGUACGCUAAAAGCACGUUCUGGGCGCACGGAGAGGUGGCGGUACGCUCAAGAGCUAUAUUUGGAAGUGCUGGUACUGAGUACUGGUGCGUACUGGCCCACUUAAAGCACUGGAAUCAUUGAAAAUAAAUAAUCUUUAAUAAUAAGGGAGUAUUUUCAUUUUCAUUAAAAAAUAAUUGAAUAUCUAUUGAUUCUGAAUUAUUUAUAGAAGAAGAUAAUUCAUGAUCAGUUUUUUGAAGACCUCAUGGUUGAUUUGACACUGAAUGACCCAAAUGCAGUCCCUCCAAUGACCUGAAUGCAGCUAUGUUGGAGAUGUUGAAUGAUUACAUGCAUGAUUACACCAUGAUACAAUAAACACAUUGAUUGCUAAUUGCA